AUGGCGAGCGGCGGUAGAAACGAGGAGGCGGAAAACGUGGAUGGCCGGGAGGGGGGCGUGGGAAUGGAGAUGCGCGGGGUGCUGUUUCGGUGGGGAGAGAUGGGCGUGAAGGUUGCUUUCCGCUCGUCUGACUUCCCCCGCCACGUCAUCAUCCUAGGUGGCCUCACGGACGGGCUGCUGCCGACGCAGUACACCGCCAGGCUGGCAUCCGAGCUGGCAACCGCCCAUUGGUCGCUGCUGCAGACGCAGCUGUCGUCGUCCUACUUUGGAUACGGCGCUGCGUCGUUAGAGCAGGAUGCUGCCGAAAUAGAUGAGCUCAUCGCUUACAUCACCAAGCGGUACCAGGCGUCGGAGGUCAUCCUGGUCGGCCAUAGCACGGGCUGCCAGGACAUAGUGGCAUACCUCAAGAGCGCUAAAGCCAUCCAUCGCAGCAUUAGUGUCGGAGGGGACAUAGUGGCAUACCUCAAGAGCCCAAGGUGCACCCACCGCAGCGUUGUCAAAGCAGCCAUUCUUCAGGCCCCAACGAGUGACAGGGAGUGCAUGGAGCACCAGGCGAGAGAGGGGGGGAGGGAAGCUGAGGAGGCAUUUGAGGCGAUGAAGCGGGCGGCGCAAGCCAUGAUUGCGGGCGGCAGAGGCGCCGAGAUGAUGCCGAGAAGUGCUGACCCGCUCGCACCAAUCACGGCAUACAGGUUCCACUCUCUUGCGUGCACAGGGGGGGAUGACGACUUGUUCAGUUCAGACUUUUCAGAUGAGGAGUUGAGGGAGCGAUUGGGGCACAUGGGCGCGUGGCCGUGCCUGGUGAUUCUAUCAGGAGAGGAUCAAUACGUGCCAAGAACCAUUGACAAAGAGAAGCUGCUACAGAG